GCCGAAGACAUAACAGCUGCACAAAGUCAGACUCAAAAACAAACAUUCAUUAUAUGAGACAAAUAAGCGUUGCUCAAGACACUUUCACUAUGUUGACGAUUGAAGUUUUGGGAACAAAAUCCAGCUAGAAGACCUUAUAUGCGAGAGCAAAAGACGGACUUCUACUAGAGUGACGCAUCUUAUUCAUAAACGAUCUUUUCCCCGUGACGUUUCUUUUGCGCGAAACUUAAUCAGGAAAGCUAAAGUUCAGGUGGACUAGUUAGAAAUGAGUAAAAAAGACAACGGAGCGUCAGUCAUCCUUGCCUACCUGAAUGAGAAAAACCGACCUUACAGCGCUCAGGAUGUCUUCUGCAAUUUACAAAAGCAGCAUGGGUUGGGCAAAACGGCAGUGGUCAAAGCCAUGGAGCUGCUGGCUCUGGAGGGUAAGAUAAAGGAGAAAACAUACGGCAAGCAGAAGAUAUAUUUUGCCGAUCAGGCUCAGUUCAAAGAUGUGAACGAUGCAGACCUGAAAGCAAUGGACUCUCAGAUCUCAGAGCUCAGUGCAGAGGUGCAGUCGCUCACUCAGAGCUGCAGACAGCUCGAUGCAGAGCUGAAGGAGCUGAACAGCUCCCUCACCACAGAGGAAAUGGUGUCCGAGAUCCAAGAGCUAAAAACAGAAUGUUCUGGAUACAAAGCGCGUCUGGAGAAGAUAAAGUCUGCAACGAAUCACGUCACACCGGAAGAAAAAGAAAAGGUUUACAAAGAGCGAGAUGUUUACGUCAAAGAGUGGAGAAAGAGGAAGAGACUGGCUUCAGACAUGAUAAAUGCAAUCCUGGAGGGAUAUCCAAAGAGCAAAAAGGAGUUCCUGGAUGAAGCUGGAGUGGAGACAGAUGAAGACUGCAAGGUGGCCGUUCCAAGUACUUGAACGAGAAAACGCAGCCUUCUCAUUAAUGUAAUGUAAGCCUGUGUGGUAGCUUUGAAAAUAGAUUACAAUCAGAGCAGUCUGAGCCAUAACAUACUUUAUUUAAAGCCUUUCUUUUGAACAAACAGUACACAUUUAAUAGAUCCUGAAGUAGAAUUUUAACUUAAGGUAUAUAUAUACAAAAAAAGCCCUUUUGCCUGUAAACAUUAAGUCACAUCAUUUGACAGCACUAAUGUAAUUUCAUAGGCAGCCGGUUUAAUUUUUCACUUUAUUUUUAAAGCCAUUAAACCAACGUGGAGCUUACAAAGUAAAUAUUAAGUUAUAUGUUGAAGCUUUAAGAGCUAUACAUUCUUUGUUGUUAUUGUACAUCCAUGUUACUGUAAAUGUUUUUGAAAAGACAAAUUAACUACAGUUUAUAAAGCCUGGUUAUAGGUGAAUAGUAUGGUUGUAAUUAAUUGUCCCAUUUUCUCCUUAAAUCAUCCGCUGUAGUUUCUUUUGCCCAGUUAUUAAAUAUUAAUGAAAGUA